AUGAGCGAUGCCCACAGGAGGUCGUGUGCGCAACGCCAAUAUUUUCCAUGCCAUAAGUGCAUGUUAACGACUGAAAAGUUUGGUGCAACAAAGAAUUUGCAAUCCCAUGGUGGAAAGUUGAUGUUUGGCUACUUCAACGUGGGUACUGGACUGAUCAUGGCGAGGAAAAGGCUAUUCAGUGUGAUGAGUGUCCAGAGCAAAGGCCCUACUGAGCCAUCCAAGGUCCCAGACUAUACGAACUGGACCAAGAAGCAGCUGCUCAAGAAAAUCCUGGAACUCGAAGGAAGGGAAGACGAGAUAGAGGAAACGCCUUUGCAGGUAGUACGUCCUCCUAAAGAGAGUACGGAGCUAGAUUUCUCGAAAUAUCACAGCAGGAAGAUAGCCUUGCGGUUCUCGUACUUGGGAUGGAAUUACCAGGGUCUGGCAGUGCAAAGGGAAGCCACCACUUUGCCUACCGUUGAGUUUGAGAUUCUGAAAGCUUUGCACAGAACGAAAAUGAUUAAAAGUUUGACUCCAUCCGAUUGUGACUUUAGUCGAUGCGGCAGGACUGACAAAGGUGUAAGCGCCAUGAACCAAGUGAUAUCUUUGAGAGUGAGAUCCAAGCUGGAUCCCGAGGAACAAAAGGAUCCGCUGAAUGACCCCAAAGAACUGGAUUAUGUGAACAUCCUGAACAAGAUUGUUCCUGACGAUAUCAAGUUCCAUGCUAUAUGUUUGCGUCCUCCAGAGGGCUUCGAUGCCAGGUUCAGCUGUAUUGGUCGCCAUUACAAGUACAUAUUCGAGGGCGAAGGUUUGGACAUUGAGCUAAUGAGAAAGGCUGCGAAAAAGUUUGAGGGAGUGCAUGAUUUUAGGAAUUUUUGCAAAGUGGAUGGAGCCAAGCAAAUAACGAAUUUCGUGAGGAACGUAUUUUCAGCAGAGAUUCUGGAGUUAAAAGGUCAUGACAAUUUGUAUGUGUUUGAUCUUAAGGGAAAGGCCUUCUUGUGGCAUCAAGUUCGUUGUAUGAUGGCUAUUCUUUUUCAGGUGGGUCAAAAGCUGGAGAAUGACUCGAUUAUUGACUACCUUCUCGACAUCGAAAAGUGUCCCAGAAAGCCACUGUACAAUAUGGCUCACGAUAUACCGCUUGUGCUAUAUGACUGCACGUUCCCUGAAAUGGAGUGGAUCGAUUCAGCUGAGGGUAUAAAAGGGAUGAGGUCGAGUUCCAGACUCAAAGCCUUGAAUCACGAUUACAGGUUGAAGAAUCUUAUCUCGGACUUCCAGACGGAGAUCUCCAUCAAGCAUUCCCUGAGCGUUUCACCUGGAAUUGUAUGUGAAAAUGUAGGUGACGGACUGGGCGCUUUCCUUAGAAAGUAUACCCCCAUGAAGGAUAGAUCAACUUCAAAGUCACCGGAAGAACUCAACGAAGCAUGGAGGUUAAAGAAGGGUGAUAAGGAAGAUAGUGACGAAUAA